AUGCAAUUUUCCACCAAGUUAAUAAUUCAUGACCUUUUCCUUAGUUCAACUAGUUCAACAAUCAAUACAAUUAUACAGUCAAAUAAUAAUAAUCGUUCAAAUUAUACUAGCAAUAAUAUUUCAUCAAUAGAACAAUCUCAAAAAAAUACUCAAUUAACGAAUUUACCAUUGGGUAUUUUUUUAAGUUUAUUUUGUUUUAUUACCGUUUUUGGUAAUGGUCUUGUUAUAUAUGCUAUUGUUCAAGAACGUUAUCUAAAAUCAGCUACAUAUUAUUAUAUGGCAUCAUUAGCAUGUGCUGAUUUAAUUGUUGGCUUAAUUGUAAUGCCAUUUGCUAUUGUACAAGUUAUAUAUGGUGAUCAUUGGCCAUUUGGCGAUACAUGUUGUGAUCUUUGGCAUUCAAUAGAUGUAUGUGCUAGUACAGCUUCAAUACUUGAUUUAUGUGUUAUUGCAUUGGAUCGUUAUUCUGCAAUAACAAAUCCAAUGUCAUAUCAUCAAACAUUUUUUGUUAAACGAUGGCCUUAUUCACUUGUUGCUGUUUGGUUAUGUUCAGGUUUAAUCUCAUUUCCUGCUAUAGCUUAUUGGCAUCUUAAUCCACAGCAGUAUAAAGAAAAUCGUUGUCUUUUUUCCGAUGAUAUAAAAUAUGUUGUAUUUUCAUCGUUAAUUUCAUUUUAUAUUCCUUUAUUUGUCAUGAUUUUUGUUUAUAUAAGAAUCUAUCGUGCUGCUGUUAAACAAUUACAUGCAUUUAAAACCGGAGUUAAAGUUGCCUCACCAACAACAAAAAAGAAAAAAAAAGGUUUAAAAGAUGAUGAUACACCAUUAAGUGCUCCACCAGAUGUAUGUUUACGUAUACAUCGUGGUAAAUAUCAUGGUAUACCACCAUCAUCAACACGUGAAUCAUCAUCAACAAUGAAUCCUUCGGAACCAAUACGUUUAUCAAAUCCAGAGGAACGUUUAACAUUAUCAGCGAAUGAUAAAUCUACUAUUCAAAUGAAAAAAUCUAUAAGUGGAGUAUAUUUAACUGAUCAUCAAAAUUCUUCCUUAUCACGUUUUUCAAUGCCAACAUUAACAGCACCAUCAACAUCAACAACAUUAACAACGACAACAACACUCGAUACUCAUCAAUUAACAAUUACAAAUUCGAAAAAAAUUCCAUCACAAGAUACAUUAUCAACAUAUGAAGCAUCAUCAGCACGUACAUCUAAAGUAAAUCCACCAGUAGCAGCAACAGGCACAUCAAUUGGUAAACGUUUAACAAAAUUUUCUAAAGAACAAAAAGCAACAAUAACAUUAGCUUAUGUUAUGGGAAUAUUUGUUCUAUGUUGGUUACCAUUUUUUGUUUAUAAUCCAUUAACAGCAAUUGCGAAAAAAAUUAUUCCACCAGAUAAACAUUCAACGAAAACAUUUUUAACUGGAAGUGCUCUUGUUUUCGAAAUGUUCACUUGGUUUGGAUAUAUUAAUUCAAGCGUCAAUCCAAUUAUAUAUGCUUAUUCAUCACGUGAAUUUCGUCGAGCAUUUAUUAAAUAUUUAUGUCGAUGUUUUCCAAUGCGUAUACGUAAUUUAAUGAUGUCUUAUCAUAAUUUACAUUUAUUACGUUAUCGUCGUGCACCAGAAUCAAAUAUUUCAAAAGAAAAUCAUGAAUCUGGUUCAGAUAAUAAUAAUCAUAAUAAUAAUCAUUAUAAUUCAAAUAAACAACAUAUGGUAACAUCACCAUCAACAAUGGUAUUAACAAAUAUACAAAAUAAAAAUCAACAACGACCUUAUAAACAUGCAAAAGAUGUUCAUACUAAUGCUAAAACAAAACAUUCACGUAUCUGGUUUUUAACAAAUUGUUGUAAAAUAACUACUGUUCAACAACAAGAACGAAAUGAUAAACGUUCAUCAUCUACUACAUCCUCCAAAACUGCAGCAGCGAAUAAUACUACACUUGUUGAUUAUUGUACUUAUCACGAUGUUGCCAUUUCUCGGGUGACAUGUGUCUGA